AUGGGUGCUCAGGUUAUCGCCGCUGCCUCCAACGGCCUCUGUCAUGACGAUGAGCCCAUAGCCUCGGUCAAAAGUCGCAUAACAAGAAGCGGCCGAAAGCUAUGGUAUUCUCUGAGGGUUGUCCAAGAACCCCUGCGCGCGAGAGCGUGCGGUUCGGGUCCUAAAUCAUCCGCCGACCGUCGCCCCGUGGACCCGCCUCCGGUCGUGGAGCUGCGCAUCUUUGAGGGUGAAUCUUUUGAGAUGGCCCAGGAGAGGGAUGUCACUUUUCAGUAUAACGCCAACUUUUUCCUCUACGCCACGCUCGAGCACGCUCGUGUCAUGGCCCAGGGUCGUCUGCAGACUCCUUCGGCCAACACACCGCCUGUGCUGACUGGCAUGCCUGUCUCCGGCAUGGCUUAUCUUGACCGACCCAAGUUGGCCGGCUACUUCUUGUUCCCCGAUCUGUCGGUUCGCCACGAGGGUCGCUAUAAACUGACAUUCAACCUGUACGAAGAGACCAAGGAGGACAAGGACAAAGAUCCCGAAGAACCCAAUGCCCCCCAGGACGGCUCGCCAGGAUCCUUCGACUUCCGAAUGGACAUCAAGUCGCAUGAUUUCGUUGUCUACAGCGCCAAAAAGUUUCCAGGAUUGACCGAGAGCACGCCCCUCAGCCGUACCGUCGCCGAACAGGGAUGUCGCGUUCGUAUCAGGCGUGAUGUGAGGAUGAGACGCCGCGAUGGAAAAGGAAACAGUGGUGGUAACGACUAUGAGAAUGGCGAGGAGGAAUAUCGGAGGGUCAGGAGAACCGCCACACCUGAUACUGCAAAGCAGGAAGCUUACCGACAAAGAUCGAUGAGCGGAAGCACCGAGAGGACGCCCUACUCUGCUAUCAGCGAUCCUCAACGCCGGCCUUCGAUGGCUGACUACCCACCUCAAUACGCUGCUCAAACACCGACAUCCGGAGGCCAUUUGGGUUUCUUGGGCGGGAACACACAUCAUCAGUAUCCCGCUCAACCACCACCACAAAGUUUCGCCCAACCGCACUCGGUUCCCCCUUCACCCGUCUACCCCACGAGCCAACGGGCACCUUAUCAACACCAGCCGUCUUCCUACCCUCCGCCACCACCGCCCCAUCAGCCGAUAUUCCAGUCCGAGCAUCACACAUCACGGACCUAUGCGCCCAUCAAUCCCGCCCCUCGUCACGACAGCAUCCACCAAAGUACAAAGCAAUACACACUCCCGCCCCUCAGUGAGGCCGUCUCUCCUACUCAGCCGCAUCACCAGCACCCUUCCAUCGCUCCUCACAGGUUACCUGUAACUGCUCUACCUCCUCUGCAAGUCGACCGCUUUUCCUCAGCCAGCCACAACCAGCAUCCAAUGGUCAGCCCCAGCAACAUGGCUGCUCCGCCUUACCCUCGUGCCUAUUCCGUCAGCAACAGCGGCGGUCUCACAAGUUCUGGCGGCUACAACCAGCUUCCGCCGCCACCUCCUCCGCCUCCGCAGGUUGCUGGCUCGAAACGCGCACACGAUCAGACGUUCAGGGCUGAUCCUGAAAUGAGGCGGUACCAGGACGGGGCGCGCGAGCGGGAGUCUUUGGAUGACAAGGAGCCGCCGCUUUGCACGUUCAAGUAUAGACGUGCUGACGGCAGCGUUGAGUGUAAGCAGGCAGAUAUUGGCGGGUAUUGA